UCGUAAACAGUAAUGGCCGCUCGAAAAGUAUAGGACUGUGAUAUUCUCAAUUCGUGAUCUCCAAAUACUUAUGAUGGAUCUGACAUAGUGACAUGUAAAACGAUUUUUUGUUAUUGUGUACGGACGAAUAUACACACCAGAGGCCAUCAUGUUGGUGGAACGAUAUCGCCCCAUCCUCUACCUCCAGUACUUCCUCCUCCUGGUUGACCUGUUUAUGAACUCAUUUAUUGAGUUGUUGCGAUUUGAAAAUGUCAUCCUCCUUGUUAUGUUUGUGGUACAAGAUGUAUGUAUCAUCUUUGCAGUGAUUGUAGUCUUCCUCCUUUUCUUCAACACAUACAUAUUCCAGGCUGGCUUGGUCAACAUUCUAAUCAACAAAUUCAAGAUGGUGAUUGGUGUUACAUUCAUCUACUUUGGUCUUAAUGUCGGCCUACAUGUUUGGGAAAUGACCCUGCGAUGGGACAGUCCCAAUAGGUAUAUAUGGGAUACACCAGGAUUUCUACCUAUAUUUGUGAUACAGAGAGCAGGUGCUGUGUUGUAUUACUACUUCUAUAAAAGAACAGCUUUGAAAUUAGGAGAUCCACGGUUUUAUCAGGACUCAGUCUGGAUCAGGAAGGAGUUUGAGAAGAGGAGAUAAUCCAAGUUGAUGAAACAGUUGUCUGCCAUUUUGUUUACCCUGUUGCCAGUGAUAGUAAGAGUGAUGAGUGUGUAAGGAAAUGUGGUAGAUAUGCUAAAGAGUGUUUGAGGGUUACUCCCCUUUGUGGUGGCAUGGCUGUUGCCACGUUGUACAAGUAUGAUUACAAUGCCUGCUCUCAUUAAGCUAAUAACUGUUACCAAUUUUGAGAAGAAGAUCCCAAUGAUCCUUUCUCAUUAUAUAUAUAGAUAUACUUGUUUAUAUAUAUAUUAUGCAACAUACAGAGACAAAACACAUCAGAAGUGAUAACACAAUACUCGUAACUACAUGUAUAGUUGUAGACAUACAACAGUGUAGCCAAAUGAAAGUAUUGAAAAUUCACUGAAAACCCUUACGUUCAUACUCGGAUUACAACACCCAUCUCUACCCACAUACAAAGAUACACUGCCAUACUGUCCAAUAAGGAAGAGUGAUAAAAAUGUUAGUGAAGGUUUUAACUAGAGUUACAGCAGCUAGUGGGCGUGAUUAUUACUUUUUUCAUUCAAGAAUGUAUUCUAUUAGUCAUUUGAAUAUACUAUUUAUCCAGCAUUUUAGUGGCACAAAUGUUGAAGUGACUUUGUAAAAUACCAUCCUGUUAUCAAAAUCCUUUCCUGGAUUAUUUUUAAGUGAGUCGCUGAAUCAGAGAACAUGACUAAUUAUCUUGUGUAGCUAUCUCAAAUAUAUGCAUUAAGUCUAGUAUCUCAGUAGAACUCAGAUAAUGAUAUUUCUCUUCAGUAAAUUGUUGUAGAUAUUGACAUGAUUUCAUCAAACUGUUUCCCUAGAAGGAAUAUUAUUGUGUCCAAAAACCAUGUUGCUUUCCAUAAAGUCAGAACAUAGAGAAAACCUCACCUUGGGCCACAUGUUGGUCAGAUGGGAAGGGCUAAUCUUUUGUCUGUAGCUUUUGAUGGAAAUGUAAUUACAAGCAUUAUGUUGUAAUAGAUUUGUCAUUAAUGGCUGAUUUUCAAGUUCAGUGGUACCUUAUAAGACCAGACUUUGAUGGUACUGAAAUAACUAGCAAGCAGUCUUCAGAUUGAUGCGAGCUUGUGACACUUUUAUUGAACUUGUUUCAGAAUCUUACAUGCAGCCAAACAAUGACCUGAUAGAACUGAAUGCAUUUCCUUGAAGUUCUGAUGUAAAUCUAUGGUUUCACUUUACUGUGAAAUUGAAGUAUCAUGUUUAGCAAGGUUCCUUAGUGAUAAGUGUUUAUACUAUAACAGACAAGUAAAGGUUGUGGAGAUUAAUAAAGGGUCCGUCCACCAUGUCUUAUUUCUGUAGUUCUAACAAUAUAACAUGCCAUAUAAAUGUUAUAACAGUAAGAAACGUAUGCACAUUUGUUUGUAAUGAUUUUUUGUUUAUAACUGUAGCCUUGUAAUUUUGUCAAUCAUGAAAUAAUAAAUAUUUA